AGCCGCUUCACCCCCCUUCCCCGUUACCGGCUACCCACACCCUAUUCCCCCCGCAAGCUCUAGUGAGGAACCGUUAUUUUGCAGCGUGACGACCCCCUUUCUACCCGCACUGAAGAUGUCCGGCUGGCAGGAUUACGUGGAUAUGCUGAUGGCCGAUGGCAGCUGCCAGGAGGCCGCCAUUGUCGGUUACGUGGACGCCAAGUACGUCUGGGCAACGACUCCGGGGGGCAUCUUUCAGAUUAUAACGCCUGCAGAAAUUGAUGUGCUCAUAGGGAAGGACAGAGAAGGAUUCUUUACUGGUGGCCUAACUGUGGGAGGAAAGAAAUGCUCUGUUAUAAGAGACAGCCUCUAUAUUGAUAACGAUUUCACAAUGGACAUCAGAACAAAGAGUCAAGGAGGAGAACCAACAUACAAUAUUGCUGUAGGAAAAGCCGUAAGAGUCUUGGUUUUUGCAAUGGGCAAGGAAGGCGUCCACGGAGGCGGCUUGAAUAAAAAGACAUUCGCAAUGGCAAAAUACUUGAGAGAUAUGGGAUUCUAAUUCUAGGCUGACUUACAUUCUAGGGGUUUAAAAAAA